AUGGAGCUGAAUGAUGUUCCCGAAAAUAUUUUUAAAAUUUCCGCUGAUGACUUAACUCUGGCCAACCUUGAGAAGAUAAAUAUAUUUUAUGAAUCUAUUGAUAAUCAAUCAGAUAUACAUGCCAAUAUUGAUUCAACUGAAUGUAGCGAACUAUCGAAUAAAGAUGCUUAUGAUAAAAAUGUGCAAUCUAUCAAUGCACUAUUAAAAGGUUGGAAUUUGGAAUGUAUUCUUCAAGUAUGCUUUGAUGAGUGUAUUGACAUUGAUGCCGUAAAGUAUAUAAAACCUAGGCACAUAGAUAAACUUUUGUCAACACAACCACUUGGAAUAUUGAUUAAGUUUGAAAAUUGUGUAGAAACAUGGCAAAAAUCGUUACAAGAUAAACCAUUAAUUGCAAUAGAUAAGAGUUUAGUUUCUGGUGUUCAGAAUCUACAAACGUCAUUAGAAAACAAACCACUAAGUGAAAUAGACAGGACUUUAGUUUCUGGGGUUCAAGUGCAUACUAUUUUAGCUAAUUCUACAAAAGGAAAAUUGUUACUUGAUUAUUAUGAAAUUCACAAGGAAUUAAAUGAUACCAUUAGAGGAAACUUAGUUGAUCUCAUAGUCCAUGAUAUUAUUUCAAAGAAUAUACCAAUGUCAAUUAGCCUAGCUGAAAGUGUUGCUGAACAGAUAACUAUUAUGUUUCCUUCAGAGAUUAAGGAUAUUUACUUGAUGCGCCAUGGGAAUAAUAAAGCACCAAGAGGAAAAUUGUAUGCUAAAUUUUAUAAUUGUAUGCGUGCACUUAAAACUAGUGGGCUAAAAACCAAUCCUGUUACAACUAAUAAUUCUGCCCAUAACGACACAUUUACUAAACGGAAUGAUUCAUUUGUAGUAGAAACUGACGUUGAUUAUUUGUUGGAUAUAAUAAAAUACGAUGAUGAAAUUUCAUUUCCAAAUUUACUUAUACAUUGGGCUGCCACUAUGCAAUACAGGCUAAAUAAAAUAAAAGAGGCAAAUUUAACAGCAGAAAUAUUAAAGGAAUGGAAACAUUAUUCUAUGCCAUUAGGGUAUAAACUUGUUGACAUUGAUUUCAAUGGAUUAUAUCAGUCAUCAACCAUUCCAGAUUUAUGUGAAGAAUUCAAAAAAUCAUAUGAUAAUAUUCUACUAAUAUUAGAACAAUACAUUAAAGAUAAAGAUGGUAAAUUGUUACUACAAGAGCUCAAAACAACUAAUGAUCUUACACAAAAUGGUAAAGACUGUACACUUUUCCACCUGCUGAGUUCUCUAUUUGUGCCAACAUCUCGUAAAGUGACCAAAGAUGAUAAAGGAAAGAACAAUGUAACAAAAUAUUCCAUUAAGGAUUCACAGAAGAGUUUUAUUAUUUUUAAUAAUUCAAUCAGUGAAUCUGAAAAUUAUUUAGAACAUUUAAAAAAUAAAAAAUUACCCAUACAGCCUUUUAUCAUUGUAAUUGGUACACCACUAAAACCAAACCAAAUUUUAGUGUACUUUGAUUCGAUAAAAUAUAAAGUUUUUAAUAUUACCCGUGCAAUUGAUAUAUGUUUUAAACUUUUUAAUUUGUUUAAUUUACAAUAUCCUCUGCAAUCAUGUGCAGUAUGGAUGUUCAUACAAAAAUUUUAUUAUGGUAUAUCUACUAAAUAUGAUACUCCACACCAAUUAGUUACCCAAGUGUUACAUAGUUUGAAGAAACAAAAAUAA